UCCGUCUAGGAUUCAAAAUGGCGCACUUUACACCGAAUCAGUACUUUCAACAGGUUGAGGGUGCGUUGAGUGAAAAAGAUGGUGAAGCAGCAGCGGACCUCCUUUCGUUCAAGCAUGCUCAUAUUGCCAGUCCAAGGCUGCAGAUUCCAAAUGCUCAGUCUCAGUGUGAAAGAUGGUUUGAACAGCCAUAUGAUGAGCUGGUAGCUUGUCAUCUUAGGGCUGUGUGGGCCAUAGCUAAUAGUGAUUAUAUUGAAGCAUAUGCAUCUCAAGCUGGAGUGGUACAGGCUUUUAUUCGUGCAUUUCAAACACAAAAAGAUGAAAACUGGUCAUUACCUUUAAUGAAUGCAGUUACGCUAGACCUUCGCCAGUUUGCCUCCAAGGCAGAUAAACAGUUGACUAGCAGUGGUCGCGGUAACCCUGGCGACACCCUGGAGAAGUCUGCAGAAGCUAUUAUGGGAUGCUUCAGAGUUUGUGCUAGUGACAGCCGGUCAUCUCUUGAUGUGUCAAAGAAGUGGGGAAUGUUGGCUCUUGUUAUUCAGCUUUUUAAGAUCUACUUUAAGAUUAACAAGCUACACCUGUGUAGACCAUUAAUAAGAGCCAUUGAAAGUGCUCCCAUCAAAGAACAGUUCAAGAUUGGACACCUUGUUGCCUACAGAUUCUUUGUAGGAAGAAAGUACAUGUUUGAUGGUGACUAUAAAGGAGCUGAUGAGUAUUUAACUUAUGCCUUUGAGCACUGCCAUAAAAGAUCUCCUAAAAACAAAAGGGCUGCUUUAAUAUACCUCAUACCAGUUAAGAUGCUUUUAGGAUAUAUGCCAACGUUAGCUGUGUUAAAUAAAUAUAAACUACCACAAUUUACUGAUGUUGUUAAGGCUGUAAAAACAGGAAAUCUACUUCUGCUUAAUCAAACCCUAGAAAAACAACAAGCAUUUUUUAUUCAGUGUGGGAUUUACCUAAUAUUAGAAAAACUCAAGAUCAUCACCUACAGGAAUUUGUUCAAAAAAGUAUCUCUUUUGAUGAAAACUCACCAGUUACCAUUAGAAGCUUUUGUCAUGGCACUCAAGACCAUGCAAGUUGAGGAUAUGGAUGUUGUAGAGGUCCAGUGUAUUAUUGCUAAUCUAAUCUAUAUGGGCUACAUCAAAGGCUACAUAUCCCAUCAGCAUCAGAAGCUUGUAGUCAGCAAACAGAAUGCAUUUCCAGUACUGACAACAUUCCUGUAGUCUCCUCAAGUCCUUUCUUCAGAUUUCGUUCAACCCAGGAUUACCCUUUAUGUUUUGAACAUCUGGAACAUCAACAAGGGAAUGAGGAGGCAAUUAUGGUAUCAAACGCUUGUAGUCAGCAACAUGAUGCCUUUCCUGCUCUGACGGCAUUCCAGUCYUAUAGUCUCCCAAUGUCCAUUAUUCCACACCUCAAUUACACUGGUUUACCCCAUACACCUGGAACAUCUACAGAGGUUUUAAUGGAUAAAGUGUUCAUAUUACUAGAAACUAGCCUGCGUGCAGUCGAACUAACUAACUGGACUAUACAAGAAAAAAAUCUGGCUGCACRCAGGCUACUAGAAACCUAACCCAAGAGAGUCUGCAAUGUACUUUAAAAAAAUCAUCAAACGUCUAAAAAUAAUUAGAGAAGUCCUGAUAUUCAAGAUAUGAAUCAAGGUUGAAAUCCCACCCUCACACACCCAAGAAAACAAUUUAAAAUAAAUCAUUCAAUUAUGUAUCUUUCUUAAUAAAAGUUUUUUUUCUCAAACAAAUAGGCAAUUCUGUUAAUUUUAAGGCAUAUUUAUAUUUUUAUAGCUGUCAACAUUUCAGUGUUAGAGUAAGCAGGCUUUCAGCUAUUCGGGUGGGGCAUUUUCCUAUUGCUGAAAACAGUCUCAAAGUAUAUUAGCUCAUUUUUAAAGGGCUUUUUAAAURAAUCUGAUUAUUUUAUUUACGCAGAGAUUUCAUGCUAAAAGUUUGUGGUCGUGAAUUUUUCCAUGAUGAAUUGAUGCUUUAAAUAGAUGAUGUCAUUAGUAGCUUAUUUAAGCAUAAUAAACAAACACUGAGGUAUGUURUAAGGAUCUCAGGCUGUCAAAUUUUGGACCUGAAGCUGUGUGACCUUAAUCCUCAAUACGUCCAAUCUGUAACUCAGCCAAAUCAAUAUAACAUGCAGAUAUAAAGGUUAAAAAAGGACAAUAUCUAAGACACCCAUCGUUAAGAUCCACUAUUUACUAUUGUAUAUGCGGUUUGUUUUGACUACAAGGAUAGCCAUUUGUAUUUUUUCAAGCUUCAAACAAAGAGCAUUUGUUGCUCACCUCGCCCCUAAUAAAAAAUAUUCAAAUAACGCGA